AUGGCGACGACGAAGCGGCUGUACGUGUUCGCGACGUUCUGGCUGGCGUGCGCCGCCACGGCGCUGGUGGUGGCCGCCUUCUCCACAGGCGCCUGGCUCACGGCGGAGCUGCUGCCGCCGGACUCACAGUUCGGGCUGCAGGGAGACAUCAACUACGGCCUCUACACCGGCUCCUUCCGCAGGCGCGCCCAGGGCGACCUCGGCGGCACCACCGCCCAGUCCACCAUAUACAUCACGUGCGUGGUGGAGCAGAAUGCGUGUGCCUGGAGCUGCAAGGAGACGGAAGAGGAGCGCCAGGAGGAGAUACUGUGGCUGCUGGCCAACCGGUCCCUCAUCUCCAGUUGGUGCCCCACCAUCACUGAAAGGAGCCGCACCAUCAGAGCUACAGAAGAGGAUGCACCACGGCUAGAAGAAGAUGACUCUACAAAUACAACCACAUCUUCUUCAUCUACUAGUGACUUCCCUUUCAUCAACAUGGGCCUGUGGGUGAGCACGCAGCUCUUCUUGAGUAUCUCACUACUGCUGUCUGCUGCGUCUGCAGUGCUGGGACUCAUCAACACGACGGCCAACCCCACGCUGCCCGCCCUCGCCGUCUUGGGGCUCUUCUACUGGAACGCUGGUGCAGCUGUUGCUGAUCUUCUCAUCCUGAUUCUCUGGGGUGUUCAGUACGCAGUUACACUGGCAGACAAUGUAGCAUUUGCACAGGUCAUUGCUGGCCAAUAUUUAUCAGAUGGGCAUGCAGCACUUGGAUACUCCUAUUGGCUGGUGCUUGUGGCCAUGUUCAUAAGCAUUUCUAGCAUAGCUGUGUUGGGCUUCCGAGAGUACUUGCUACGCAUUGAGCCUCCACCUCCAACAAUUAAUCCAGAUGAUCAAAACACAGAUGGUGCUAUAUUUCUGUAUUAAUAUGUGCUGUGCAGAGUAGCACAUAGAUCUUUUCCGGGUGGAAACGAGAAAUAACUUUUCAUGUUGUGAAUGAGAAUGGAUGGUAUUUUUACUUUGCAAGUCUGGAAGCUAAAAUAUUUUCAGCUGCAAAUUUCAGUAGAAGUUAUCUUCUAUUUCAUAAGUUAAAAGUGAGGUUUCUUGCAGUUGCAAAUAUUUCAGUAUUAGUUACUGCCAGAUCAGAAUUUGCAAUGACAAUUUAUUAACUAGUAAGCAGUGGUGCGAAGCUAAGUACAGCAUGAGGACUGUUACCAAUUUCUUCAUAUUAAAGAACACAAUAAAUAGUAAAGAAGGCUUGGAGGGGGAUUGUGAAAUGUUUGUAUUUAAAGAUAUUUAUGUUUAAGAACAUUAUGUACAUGUAUUUUUAAAAUGUUUUACUUGUAAAUACAUUUAAACUUCAGAACAACAGUCUUCAAAGAUAAAUUUAUAGCUGACCAACACAUAGUGUCUUCUUCAAUAAAACAAAUUAUUUAUUUA